GCGCGGGGAUUGGCUGAGAGGCGGCGCGAGGCGGCGGGCGGCCGGGCAGAAGGCGGCUGAGGGAAGGGGUCGGGCGCCGGGAUCGGCGGCGCCGGGUUUUACUCCCUGUCCACAAAACCGACCUCUCGGGUCAUGGCCUCGGACUCCAGAGACGCGAACCCGACGCUGAAGAGGUGCCUCGGUGUGUUGAGAGACGCGAAAAACGACAGCGAGCAGUUCGCAGCCUUGCUCCUGGUGACCAAAGCAGUCAGAGCUGGAGAAGUUGAUGCCAAGACCCGUCGCCAGAUCUUUGACGCGAUUGGAUUCACGUUUCCAAACCGUCUGCUCACCUCCAGGCAGCCCCCGGAUGGCUGCCCCCAGCACACCUUCCAGGCACUGAGCCUUACUCUCUUGGCAUGUUUCUGCACUGAUCCAGAGUUAGCUGGUCACUCCCAGGUCCUGAACAAAAUCCCAACCUUCAAUGACAUCCUGCUUUCCCCCUGCAGUCCAGACAGCACAUCCAUGGUUGAUGAUGUAUACCAGUGCUUGAGUGCUGUCCUGGCUACUAGCAGGGGCCCCAGAGAGUUGGUGACCAAAGGGACUGUGUCUGCCUUGUGCCAGGCCUACAUCAAUGGCAAUUAUGGCUCUGACCGUGCCUUGAAGCUGCUCUUGGGGCUGUUGGCCGUAGCGGAGGUGAAGUGCUGGCAGAGAGAAGCCUCACACCUCCUGGCUGUGCUGAGCAAGCUCUCCAGUGAUUUUGUCAAGACUGAAGAUAUCACCAAGUUUGAGCUGUGUGAGAUUCUGCCUCACUUCAUCCCCCUGUCACCACCCCUCACACAGGACUUGCAGGGCUGUGAGUGCCUCCACAGGCUUUACAAAGGGCUGUCUGACAUCUUGGGCAGCAAACUCAGCCAGUCACAGAGAGACCCUGCCCUGAAGCUGGCUGCCUGCCUUGUGCAGGCCUGUGGGUCAGAGUGGAUCCCAGCAGGGAAGGCUGGGAGCAAGUUCCUGGCCUUGCUGGUGAACUUGGCUUGUGUGGAAGUCCGCCUGACCCUGGAGGAGCCAGAUCCCUUGGAGGUGGAAGGGAAAAAAGAAGUAGUAACAGCCUGCUAUGUCCUUAUUGAGAUGGGGAUCCAGGAGUGCCUGAGAGAAGAGAAACCACUGCUAGAAGAGGUGCAGAAAGUGCAGCUGAUGAGGAUCAUGGAGGAGGCAUUUGGAGCUGUAAUAUUCUACUUGAGACAGGUUAAACAAGAGGAUCUACAAGAUCCUUUCAUAUUUGCUUCUGUUCGAAUCCUUGGAGCCUGGAUGGCAGAAGAGACAUCCUGCCUCAAGCAGGAAAUCUGUGAGCUCUUGCCUUUCCUCCUUCAUUAUGCCAAGAAGCUUUUCAAAGAGGGCAGCUCAGCUGUGAGUCUUCCCCAGCCAGAGCUGGUCAGCAGCCAGGGCUCUGCCUUACCCCAGGAUGCCCUCAGGUUUCUGCUGCCUGGCUUUUGCCAUUUAACAGCAGAGGACAGGCCCCGGGACAUCCUCAUCUCAGAAGGGGCACCAGCUCUGCUGUGUGAGUACUUCCUCCAUCAGUGGAAGGUGUUGAUCUCCAAGCCCCAGUCCCUGACACUCCUGACAAGCACUGAAAUGAGUCUACAGACUAUGUGUGGCAUUUUCCUUAACCUGGCUGUGACUGCACCAGAGCUCAUCAGGCAAGACAAAUCCUUUUCCUCCUUGAUGGACACGUUGCUGAAGUAUCUUCCACUUCUGCUGCCCCAGAAAGAUCAGCUGGUUCUGGCAGCCAAUAUUUGCACUCUGGGGCUGAUGAUGGCCAGGAUCCUUGCAGGUUCUGCAGUUCUUCAGGAGACACGUUCUGCCAAGGAGUUUUUCAGAGCUGCCAUCCUCUUCCUCUCCCAGGCCCACACUGCCCACGCAGAGCCCGGCAGCCACAGCUCAGCCAUGGCCGUGGCUCCUGCCUACACCAGCGCCUGGGCUGACAUCAGGGAGCUGUGGUUCCUGGGCAUGCAGGCCCUGGCUGCCUGUGUGCCCCUCCUGCCCUGGCUGCCCCAGGCUGUGCUCCAGGCACGGUGGCUGGAAGCUCUUUCCCACUUACUGACCAGUGUGGCUCCGGCCUCGGUGGAUUUGGAGCUCGUGGCUGCCUUCCAGGGCGUGUUGGUGGAGCUGAGCAGAGCCAGUGAGCAGUGCCAGGCUGUCAUCCUGGCCCACCAUGGCAUGGAGUGGGCCAACCUCCACGGCAUGGCAGCUCUGGAGCAGUGUCUGGCAGAGCAGUGAAGAGCCAGAGCACCCUGGUGAGCCCAAACACCUGCACCAGAGCUGGUUUUGAUGCCAGAUGGAUGCAAAACUCCCUGUUUCAAUGACCAAACUUCAACUGGAGUGAUGCAGCAGAGCUCAGAGGGAUCUCCACUGUCCACAGCCUGAUGUGCAGAACUGUUGCUGCCUCAGAACACUUCAACAUGAACCUCCUGUCUGCAUUUCUUUUUUAAAAGCCAGCCUGUUCUAGUAAAGACAUUUUCUCUGG